AUGUACUCGGUAAUGAGGAUGAACCUCCGAUGUGACCUCUAUCCUUCCAGGGGGUUAGGACAAAGGAUCAGAGCGGCUGGAAGCUACAAAGGACAGAACCCAAACCUUAUUAAUAAUAAUAAUAGCUUGCGACCCAGUUGUAUCCACUCAUUCGAUUAUCCGACUCACCGGACCAUCAGCGGUGGAUGUGUUGCUGGCAUCAGUAUCAGUGGAAUCAGUGGCAUCAGUGGCAUCAGUAUUUGGGGAACCAGGGACCGAAGCAGUAGUGUAAGGGUAGCAAGGGAUGCUAUUGUUGUAGAGGGAACCAGUGAAUGGGAGUCUUCGAGUGGAAUAUUCGCUAGCCUGAAACGACACCUUAAAAAUACGAAAAUUUAUAUACAAUCGUCCAGGAAAACUCAGAACCAAGAGAAAAACGUAGGACUCCAGGAAAUCCAGCGAAUCUCUCCCAACGUAACUGAUAUUCAUGGUGGAUAG